AUGAUUAAGGCAUCGAUUGCAGAUGAGAUUCAAUCGGCAGGAAUGUUCUCCGUGCAACUGGACACAACGCAAGAUGUUAGCGUAAAGGAUCAAUGCUCGAUUGUAAUCCGAUAUGUUAAAGACCAUAUUUACGAGCGACUGGUAUCCGUCAGCAAUUGUACUAACUCGACAGGCAAGGGUAUGUUUGAGCUGUUCCGGGAUGAAAUUGUCAAAAUGGGCAUAAACAUUGAAAACUGUGUGGGAAACUCUACAGACGGGGCGGCAAACAUGCAGGGCCAAUAUUCCGGUUUCACAAAAUGGCUCAAUGAGGCAUCCCCAAACCAAGUGCAUGUGUGGUGUUACGCUCAUGUAUUGAAUCUUGUUCUUGUUGAUACCACACAAACCACCAAAGCUGCAAUCAGUAUAUUUCAGCUUAUAAACAAAUGUGCUGUUUUCUUGCGCGAAUCAUAUAUACGAAUGGACAUAUGGGCGUCAAAACAAUCAAACAAUAGAAGACUAAAUGUAAUUGGCGAGACACGCUGGUGGGCAAAGGACCAUGCAUUAAAAAAAAUAAUUGGAAGCUUCAACAACCCAUCGACGUCCUUGUAUAUUGAGCUAAUUGAAACUUUACAAGAGUUAGCCUCCUCUGAAGACUUUAACCCAACUGUUCGCGACACCGCCCAAACCCUAUUAGAUAAGUGCAUCUCGUUUGAAACAAUUCUUACCGUUCAAGUUUUUUUGCGUAUAUUCCAACACACAGCAUCACUUUCCAAGUACCUGCAGACAAGUGAGAUGGACGUGCUCCAAGCCUACCGAAACGUUGACUGCACUAUCAAGGCACUGCGAGACGUUUCCAGAGACUUUGAUGGCAUUAAUGCGAGCGCUAAAAAAUUUGUCGAGUGGGCCAACAACUCAUUGGAAGAUCUGAAAAUUGAUUUGACGGUUGAAACUGCAUUGCCAGAGAAACGAGUUCGCGUCCCAAAAGCAAUGAGCGGUGAGCAACGCACUCACGAGGCUGUCGGAGAUCGCGCAAUUGAUUGCUACAGGAUAACGGUACGCAACUGCGUUAUGGACAAAGUAGUGAAAACUUUGGAAGAACGCUUUAAAGCUCAAGACACGUUGUUCGCUGACAUGGCGUGCUUGAAUCCGGAAAAUUUCUACGAUAUCAAAAAAAACGGUAUCCAACCUACUGCCUUAGUACGUCUCAGCAGCAUUCUAACAAAAUUUAAUAAAGAUGCAACAGCUUCAAAUUUACAAUCCGAACUCAUCGACUUUUCGCUCAAGUGGAGCAAAUUUAAGAAGACCGUUUCUGAAGAGUAUUUGGGCAUGAACUUAGCGGAAAACCGAAACAACAACGAUGAAUUGGAGAACGACGAGGAAACUGCAGUUUCUUCUUCGUUCUCUGAAGACAAAGAAGCUCAUGGUAAAUGCAAGAGUUGCAAAAAUUGCCCCGUCUGUUGCUUCAAGGUUUUACACAAAUACAAUUUCUACAGCAAAGCCUAUACACCCAUUUGUACAAUGCUUAUAAGCUCUUGCUGA